CCUUGUUACCUCAGACAGAAAUGACUUUCACUUUAAGCCCUGCCUCUAAACAAAAUGAAACCGACAGUUUUUUUUGUGUGAUUUUAGCAGAAAAAGGACAGACAUGGCUUUUGUGGCAAAACCAGACAGAAUUGAUACGUUUUCUACAAUUCACGAUUGGGAAUCUGCAGACUAUGAGCCGACCCUUCCUGUGUCGGAGAAGUCCAACCCGCUAACGCGCCACAUAGACAGAGCUCCAGCCUCCAGCAUCAUGAAGAUGCUACAGGCCUGCGACGCCCAGAUGUUUCAGGAAAAGUCCCAAACACAAUAUCAGAGACUUUUGAGCGAGGAAAUGGUGAAAACCUUAAUGGAGGUGGCCGAGAGGGUGCGGCUCAUUCUUAAGGAUCCUCAGGACAGCCUCGUGGUUCUGAGUGGUUGUGGCACUUCUGGCCGACUUGCAUUCUUCAUGGCGUCAGGAUUUAACAGAGAGCUGCAGCGGCUGAACUACGCCCCCGUCUGUUCGUACGUCAUUGCAGGAGGAGACAGAGCUCUGUUUUCCUCUCAAGAGGCUCCAGAGGAUGACCCCACAUUGGGCGCGCUGUGUCUGAAAAAGGUUUCUGAAGGAAAGAAAAGAGUCUUGUUCGUCGGCGUCUCCUGUGGAUUAUCUGCUCCGUUUGUGGCCGGUCAGCUGGAUUUCUGCCUCCGGCAUCCUGAUGUUUACAUACCUGUACUGGUUGGAUUUAAUCCUGCACAUCAGGCCAGGAAAGAGCCCAUACCUGGCUGCACGCUAACGUUUCACAGUGUGGUGACCAGGAUGGAAGAGCUCGCCAAAACGCAAAAGGCUUUCCUCAUCAACCCGGCACUCGGGCCGGAAGCCAUCAGCGGCUCCUCCAGGAUGAAGGGAGGCAGCGCCACCAAGAUCCUCCUGGAGGUCGUCUUCUCUGCCAGCUUCUCAAGAACGCCCGUCACAUUCAAUGGGAUUCUGCAGCAUAUGAGAUCUUAUGAAAAAGCUCUAGACUUUACAUACUCGCAUUCAGAGGAGAUAGCUGCUCUGAUGGAGGCCGCUGGACGCAGUUUGCAGUGUGGGAGGCAGGUGUGUUACCUGGGCUGGGGCUCCCUGGGUUUGCUGGGCCUUAUAGACGCCAGUGAAUGUAAGCCCACAUUUGGAGCAGACCAUGAAGACAUUCGGGGUUUUGUCAGCGGAGGCUACAAAGAACUCGGCAACAAUGAGGGCGAUUUGACUUUGAUGGGUCCUGAGUUCAGCAUCUCUCAUGACGACUUUCUGGAUGGCGUCCUGCCCCGUCUCACGGACGCCGACACCGUUCUGCUUCUCUACUCCCACUCUGAUGAUGUCGACGAGGUGGCAAAGAUGGCGCGCAGAGUGAGAGAAAAGACAUCGAACAUUCAUGCUGCUUAUCACCAGACUGAUGGCGACGCCGCUGCAAAACAAGAUGACAUAAAUAAACUGUGUUCAUCCACCGUUAUCUUCACAUGGCCUCAAGAAGCAUCCAAACGUUUGCAACACUUGCGGGAGUUUUCCACUAAGCUGCUUUUGAACGCGGUGAGCACCGGCGCUCACAUCUUCAAGGGAAAAGUGUUUAAGAACUACAUGAUCGACCUGCAAGUCACCAACAGCAAGCUCUACCGCAGAGCCGCACGUUUACUGCAGAAGCUGUCCGGUCAUUCGGAGUCAGAGUGCGAGGAAGCCCUGCUGAAGGCCAUUUAUCAAGUGGACAAGCUCAGUGAAGACAUAGCGACCUGCAGCCUGGAAACACACACACACACCGCCGCGAAGGCCAAGAAGGUCGUCCCAUUGGCUUUAGUCUGCCUGCUGACUGGCUGCUCUAUGAAGGAGGUGGAGUCUCGUUUGGAGCAGCAGCCAAUCAUCAGAGAGGCAGUGGAAACGUGUUUGAAGUCAUCAUAAGGUCACAAUGAUCAUAUGACCAUGAACUCUGCUGCUAAAUGAAACUCAAAGGCACAAAAAUUACUAAAACUGAGUCACUAACAACACAUUUCUGCAUUUAAGCACUAAAUAAAUCACAAACUGA